CGCACUAGGACGGUGACCCGCGGUGUACACAUGUGAUGCUCCAGCCCUCGGGACAUAUAGAUAGAAGGAUGGGGACGGGGGAGAUCCGAUUGUUUCCUUUUCUCCUGGGUCCUCCUCCCUUGCCUCCCUUGAUUCGACCUCGCGGGUUCCGUGGUCAUUCUUCAACUCUAUUCUUUGUUUGUCCUUGCCUGUCCUUGCCUGUCCUUGCCCAUCACUUGAUCAUUACCUGACGACUCCGGAGUCCUGCUGCGUAGGAUUUCGUCCGCAUCCACCACCUGCACGACAUUUGGGGGGGCCCCUUUCAAAGUCCAAUCCUAUUCAAGCCCACAUUCCUCGGCUCGGUCCUCUAGACCCGCAUCCUCUGACUCGGCAGUCCCGGACAGCAGCACGAUAUCCGUCGCCCAAGAUGGCCAGUGACAGCAAACCUGAAGUGACCGAAAUCUCCCACAUGGGCACGGCCUCCGGGCGACCCAGCUUCGGAUCUCGCGUCGUGGCCCAUUUCAAACGAUGGUGGUGGGUGCAUCUCAUCAUCUUGAUCGUGGUCAUCCUCGUGAUCGUCCUUCCUGUAGUCUAUGUCGCAUACCCCAAGAUUGCGCAAAACCUGGUCAACAAAUCGACCCUGAGCGUCUCCAAGAUGGUCAUCAGUGACCCAUCGCCGACCUCGUUCAUCUUGAACCAGACCAAUGUCAUUGGAACCAACAGCUCCUUCCACCCAACCUUCUACUCCUUCGCCGCUGCCAUCAGCCUGGCCGGCGGGGCGGCCUUCAGUCAGGUCCAAGUCCCCCAAUUCCGCAGCCACAACGACGUGAACGUGCCCAUCGACCAGCGUGUGAAUGUCACCGAUCAGACGGCCUUUGCAGAGUUUUGCAAGGCGGUCAUCCUGAGCGAGGAGUUCGAGAUGAACGUCUACGGCAAGCCCAACAUGAAAGAGGGUGGUUUGCCCACAGAGGGUGUCACGUAUAACAAGACCACCACGAUGAAGGGCCUCAACAAGCUCAGCGGCUUCGACCUGAUCGACCUGAGCAUUGACACAAGUACUUCGAGCGGUGUCAACGGCAAAGGAACCGUGUACCUUCCCAACCCGUCCGUGAUCAGUAUCGCCGUGGGCAACCUCACCCUCAACCUCUCCGUCAACAACACCGCCAUCGGAUAUGCCUACAUCGACGAUCUUGUCAUCCGACCCGGCAACAACACUGUCGCCAUGACCGCCGCCAUCAGUGAGCUCACCGUCGUAGGUCUGCUCGGCGGCUACCCCAACUACGUCAUUCCCGUCGACAUCACCGGCAACUCCAGCGUUUACGAUGGCCAGGAGCUCCCGUAUAUUGCCGAGGCGUUGGGGUCGCUGACGCUGACGACGCAGCUGAACGUGACGCAGGCGUUGGGUAGUAGCUCUCUGUAAUCAAAAUCAAACCAAACCAAGAACCGGUUUGAUUCAUGAGGAUGAUAACGAUGAUGAGAUGCGGGGCAGAGAGGCAGGGUGAAAAUCCCUUGAUAUGGAUGUAGAUGUGUGGAUGAAUGGGGGGAAGGGUAUUGACACGCGCGGUGUUUUUCUUUUCUUUUCUUUUCUUUUCUUUUCUUUUCUUUUCUUUUCUUUUCUUUUAUUUACUGUUCAUAUGUAUACGUUAAUAUUGGUUGCAUGCGAU